UUGUUUCGCGCCGCGCUCUAGACCGCGCGCGCCCGUGCCAUCCGCGCUCGCGCUGCCAGACCGCGCACCCGACCGAACCCGACCCACGAACGACCGAAACUUGAACUCUCCGACCUUCGUCUCUGAAGCUAAAUCACCGAAACGAGCUCUCAGGAAAGCGUAUAAGCUCUUUCCGUUUAUUUAGACUAGAUUCUAAUAAUAAAUCCCAAGUGUAGUGAAAUGAAACGUAAUUUCAGUGCGACAGAUUGCCAAGUUUGCACAGGGAUUGACGCUAUUCUGUGAUAAAUUUUAUAGUGAUUCGGGUAAACAAGUGAAGACUUUGUGUUGGGUGUUGUUUUAUUGUUUUGUGACUGAAGAGUGAGUGGAAAAUAUUGAAAAUGGUGCGCGGCAGGUUUUCUACUUCGGAUGUACCAGCAAUGGGCGUGACCUUCGGCGGAGGGCUGCAGCACUCGCGCUCGGCCGUGCUGUCGGCGCAGGUGCCGCCGCACUACCGGCCCGUGAUGCCCGUGCACGCUCUCCUCAACAGCGCCUCCAGCGGCCACGUGGCGCAGGGUCCACGUGUCCACUUUAAGCUGCAGCCGCAGCAGAACUUCCCAGAGAAGAAGAAGUCCCCUCCCUCCUCCCUUUCCAACGGGAACGGGAAGAGCAUUCGUCCGCAGUUCAUGCCCGGCCUGAAGAGGUCCAAGUCGCUCACGUCAGCUGAUGCCUUAGCGAGCGGCAUGGCGGCGUUAGGACUGGCGGCCGAUGCUGGGGACCUGGGCAACUUCCCGCAGGAGAUUCAGGAGUGCAUCGACAAGGCACUAGAAGACCCGAACUCCGUAUGCGCUCGCACACUAAUGGACGCCGUGGGGCACCUGGUGUCUCGCGCCGUGGAGUCUCCGCGCUACGCGCUGCCGGCGGCGCGGCGCUGCAUCGCCGUGGUGGAGCGCGAGCAGACCGAGACCUUCCUCGAGUCGCUGCUCAACACGUGCCAGCAGUGGUACCACGACCGCGAGAAGCUGCUGGGCACGAUCGUGGGCGGAGGCCGGCCGCGCCUCAUGGCGUUCCUGUCGUUCCUACUAGAGAUGUACUGCCAACUACGACGUCGAGCCAUCCAGCGACGCGGGGCGUCAGCACAGCCAGGACACGUCUUGCUCACGCUUAUCUGCAAGUGUUGUGAGGAUUGCAUCCGCCAGCCUGUGCCUUCUGCUGGAGACACGGAGAACUUGUUCUUCGUGCUGACGUACAUCGGGCGCGACCUGGAGCAGGCGCUGCCGGGCGACCUGGAGCGGCUGCUGACGGCGGUGCGGGACGCCUUCCUCAACACGCACGCGGCGCCGUCCACGCGGCGCACGCUGCUGCAGCUCAUCGAGCUGCACGCCAGCCGCUGGCAGCUGCCCGGCUGCGCCGUGCUCUACUACUACCCCUCCUCCAAGUAGGUAGAUAGUAGAUAGUGUUCUGAGGCGCGUCUGCUUAGGUCACUGUGAGGAAAUUUGCGGGAUUCCGAAAUUUUCAAGGGGGAAAGAAAGUCUUAACUCUUAAAUGCACGGUUUGACAUGCCUAAUAACCAUACGUCGGGGUUUUGGGAGCAGGAAUGAAUUUGUGUAUCUGUAACUCUGUUUAUAGUCAUUUGAAUUACUGAAAUAUAUAUUAAACUGUGUAACUGGCUCCAAAUGUACCUAGAAAUGUUAAAGUAAUCUUUAUCUUUUAUCGUUUUCACCAUUUUUGGGCUAGUGUAAAUCAUUCCCGCUCCCAAAACCCCGAUGUAUGCUAAUAACGUAAAAAUUGAAAUCCGUGUCAAAAACUUGAUAAAAAAUUGACAUCGAUCUAUAUCUAGUUGUCAUUUUGGAUACUGUAGUUUUUGAUACCGUAUGCGUUUAAGGGUUAAAAAAUUCUGUGAAAACUUUUUGGAAGCUAUUUGCGAACUGCACAUCUCUAGCGCAGAUGUUGGGAAGCAAAUUUUAAGGCUACGCGCUUAAUUCGAGUUGCGACCCCGUCGUAUUUACAUGAAGAUCCUUGUUGACAGUCAAAUGAUACGCAUAAUAAACGUAAGUGCGUAAAGUGCCCGAUUCGGUCUUUGGUCUUAGUGCAUACUAUAGGUACUGCUACCGGAGUUACCGGACAAGUAUACCACUUUAGCAAAAAGUGUUUUUAUGAACUAUUUCUACUAGUGCCUCUAUGUAUUGUAAUGCAGGCAUGAAACUGCUGCAAGCUCAGAUCGAGUGCCUUUUAAGUAUGUUAAGCAUUUUCAGCACUUUCAAGAUAUUGAACACAAGUUUCCAACGGAAACAUGUAUGAAAUAUCUUCUUCGAAAGUGCGAAAGUGGACUGUAUAAUACAUUAAAUUAGUUAUAGGUGGAUUAUAUAAAGGGAGAAGAUAUAUGCCUUAAAAGUAUUAAAAAGUACGUGUAACAUAGGUAGUUGACAAAACGGUGUACACUACUGUACGGUCCCCGCAUAGUAUUUGGUGCAUUGCAUCCUUUGUCGUUUAUUUUCUAACUCUAGGUACCUAUUGCCAUCUCUGUAGUAUGCCUCUCGCUUUUUGUAUACUUGUGCCGUAUAUAGCUUUCUUAGUUAUUCAAUAAUAGCUAUCUUGAAAAUUUUACUACGUACUAUUUAAGAAAUUAAUAAAAGUUAGUAAUAUUUUCAAGAUGAGCACAGAUGGUUUAAUUAUGGAAUUCAUAUUUUUAUUUUAUUCCCUAAAUGAUAAGUGGUUCAGUAGCUUAUGUAAUAAGCAAUUUUUGUUUUAACCAUUUCCUUUUUAUUUUGACUGAGAUUAGCGCAAGAAUUUCAAUGUUAAUUAUGCUUGUGAUAUUAUUUAAAUUUAAGUUAUAGUAGGGUCUAUUUAUUUCUGUCCUAACCAAAGACUGUAAUGGCGUCACAAUGUCUUAUUAACAAGUAUUAAUCAAAAGAAUAGUUGUUGAAGCUGGACCAAAAUUUGUUUUGUGUAUUUUUUACCACACUUGUUUAGAGAUAAGUGAUACCAUAGUACUUUUAAGUUCACAUUUACUUGAGUUAACAAGCACAAUUACCCCCAUCAUAUAAACGUUCACUAUAAAGUUAUCAAGCCGAUAGAGUUCGUUUGUCCCUUUCUAUCACACCAAUACGUUCGACAGGGACAAACAAACUUUAUCGGCUUGAUAACUUUAGUGAAAGUUUAUGAAUAAGGGGGUUAGGAGGCAUUUAUCUGAUUGUAACAUUGAUAUCAUAUCAAAACAAAGUAAAUUCAGUUGUGUUAAACAUUGAGUAAAAAAAAAAAAAAAUUACUGCUAUUUUGUUAUCCAGUGGUGAAAUGGAUGUGAUAAUAAAACAAAAUAACAAGUAAAAAAAAAAUGAAACCUCUUUAGUGUGCAUACUGUGAAUACAUCUAAGUCGUCUAAGUGUGCGUAUUGUUUGUUGAUUAACAAUAUUUAUAUGCAAGGUUCAACUGAAUUUGUUUUGAUAGUUGGCUAUCAAUGUUACUUGUGGUUUCCCACAAUGAAAAUCGGCCAGCAUGACUAUGUAGAAAUGUAUAUGAUUGUUUAUUAUUUGUAAAAUAAUUAUGAACUUAGCGAAGCAAUGUCAACUUUUAAGUAUUACUGUACCACUUUUUAUUAUUAUGUGUAGGACUUGUAUGAGUCUUUAGUGAAUGUUGUAAAUUCAUGUUAGUUGAUUCACAAUAUAAAUUAUAUGUUAGAUUAACAUAUAAAACAAAAGACCAUAACUGUUCAUUACAUAUUACUAUGCAUUCUUAGCAGGUUAAGGUAUGAUUUAUAUAUAAAAAAUGUAAAAACAUAAAAAAAUGGUGCUAACAUAUUGAUAUAAUUGUUUCUGAGUUUCGGGCAAUAACCUGUUCCCGAUAACUAUAAUUUUGUACCUAGGUAAACCAAUAAAAAUAUUUACAUACAAUUUGUA